AUGAAGACCUUCACCUCGGCUCUCGCCAUUUUGGCCGCCUUCCUGGUCGACAACUCAUAUGCCGGCCUCCGCUUCCCCUGCUCGACUCUCACAACCCAGCGGCUCGACCCCGCGGCCCAGCCCGGCGCGCUGCCGUCCGCACAUCUGCACAUGAUCGUCGGCGGCAAUGCAUUCAACGCCACCAUGUUGGGCGAUGUUGGUGAGAGGGCCACCUGCACGACGUGCCAGAUGGCCGAUGAUUUUUCCAACUACUGGGUUGCGCACAUGUACUUCAAGGACCCCAAGAACGGCACCUACCAUAUUGUCAAGCCGAAGCCGGUGCAGCCGCUCUUGGGGGGCUCCAACGGCGCCCAGGGCGGUCUGACCGUCUACUACACCCAAUUCGACCUGUCGAAGGACAAUUUGGCGAAGCAGCCUAUCAAGGCGUUCCCUCCUGGUUUCCGCAUGACGGUUGGCAGCCCCACCGUCACCAACAAGCCGCACGCUGGCCUCAGCUACCAGUGCAUGGCCGGACAGAACCGCGGCACGAUUGUGUCCGACUGGCCCAAGGGGAAGUGCACCAACGGCAUCUUCACCACCCACCACUUUGCCCCAUGCUGGGACGGCAAGAACCUCGACAGCCCCGACCACCAGUCGCACAUGUACAACACCGUCACCAGCGAGGGCUUCACCAACGCCCCCACCUGCCCCGCCAGCCACCCCGUCCGUGUGCCCCAGGUGACCUUUGAGAUUGAGUGGGAUACCCCCGUGUUCAACUCCCUCUGGGACCCGGCCAAGGACAAGAACCCCUUCAUGUGGUCUUUCGAGGGCACUGGCGCGGGUACUCACGCUGAUUACAUGUUCGGAUGGAAGGGAGACGCCCUUCAGAAGGCCAUGGACAAGUCCGAGUGCUUUUACGACGGCUGUGGCGCCAUCAAGAAGCAGGCUAUGAGCGUGGCCGGCCAGUGCACCGUCAAGAACUUUGUCAAUGAGAAGAUUGACGGUUGGUCCAAGUACCUCCCUGGCGCCGAGGCGGCCAUGAAGGCCAAGGUUAAGAGGGAGUUCAAGGCUUAAGCGGACGUCGUGUUUCGUUCGUGGUUGCGUGUUUUCUUUUUUUGGACAUGUGGUUAGCUUUUACCAGUUCUCUUCGGAGGGCCGCACAUCAUGUUCGUGAGAAUGUAUCAAUGUCACUACACCCCCAUUGAAAAAGUUUGUGUGCACAGGCCACCCAAC